AUGGACGGAAAAAUCCAUUUUGCCUAUAUUUUCGCAAGUAUAUUAGCAAUUCUAGCUUAUUUAUUGCUCUUGCUAGUUUUACAUAUUUCACGGUACUGUAUUCGUAAAUGUCCAAGUUUUAUAACAGGACGUCGGCCUCAAAGAGCACCAGAUGCAAAUUCGCAGAUCCCUCAGCAAAGUGGGCGUAGAGUGAUUGUUCUAACUGCUAAAGAUUUACAGGCUCAAGGUUUUAUGAUUCCAAAUGCCGGAGCUCAUCCUGAAAUGCUACCAGCAAAUUUUAAUAGCCCGAUGACUCAGCAACAAAUGGCUCAGUUUAAUGGACUUGCUGGAAAUACUCAAAAUUUUCUUACUCAAGAAAAAAUUUGUCAAAAUAAUGAACAAGUUGCAAUGAGUAGUAUUGCAUAUCCUGGAAAUUAUCAUCAACCUUUGCAAUUAGCACCAACAGCUCCAACGAUUUGA